GCCCUGGAUGGUAUGCACACUCUUGCACACGCUUGAACUCUUACAAACUUUCCACGAGUAGCUUUCACCACCCUCUCGUGCCUCUCCGAACCCCCCUCAAAACCCCCGCAGAAGCCCUUCUAUCGAAGUUCGAGGCUGCCUCUUCUGGACAGCUCAUUGAACCGCCCGGCCAAUGAAUCCACGUCUCUUCAAACAUCGCCCCUAGCUACCCUAGCUACCUGAGCCACCUUCCCAUCCAAUCCUCCGAGACCUUUAUCCACGCGACGCGCAGCUUUGCCAUCCUCUCCCAUCCUGGGUAUUGCCCCAGUAGUCGGUUGAGGGUAGUCUGAUAAAGCCCCAGCACCACGCCCGCUCGAUGCUGCGUACAGCACUAUCGCAUUUCUCCUCCGAAUUCUAUCUCUAACAGCGAGAAUGGCACGCUCGCAUAUUGUGGUUGCUAUAGGCGCCGCCCUGGUUGCUUCGCUGAUUAUCUGCGAACUGGUCAUACAGCUCGGAUUCCCUCAGGUCGAUUUCUGGCAUUUGCGACUAGACCAGGACAAGCACCGAGAAUUUCAACAGACCCAUUUCUACAAUGGGAAGCAAGCUGGAGUCAAUGUCGAUGAUCCUUCACAGUAUCUGAUCGGCGUUGGAAAGGCCGAUAUCACAGGACCCGUGGUCGAGCUCAAUCUUAUGGGCUAUGCGAACUCUUCGCAGAUUGGAACUGGCCUCCGCCAACGGCUCUACUCCCGUGCAUUCAUCAUUGGCAAUCCGAGCGAUCCCAAGGACCGAAUAGUAUACCUGGUGCUAGAUACUGCGACCGGGGAUACCGCGAUUCGUAAUGGUGUCUUGGAAGGCCUCAAGAACCUGGGAUCUGAAUACGCUAUCUAUGGAAAGAAUAAUGUGGCCGUUACUGGAACGCACAGCCAUUCUGGCCCAGGAGCUUGGCUGAACUACCUCCUACCUCAGAUUACCAGCUUGGGAUUUGAUAAACAGAGUUACCAAGCCAUCGUGGAUGGUACUUUGCUGUCGAUCAAGCGAGCCCACGAGGGGAUCACAGUCGGGACGAUCAGCUCGGGAACUACGAAGAUCUCCAAUGCCAAUAUCAACCGAAGUCUGUAUGCCUACCUCGCUAAUCCGAAAGAAGAAAGAGACCGCUAUCCCGACAAUGUCGAUAAGACUAUGACUCUGCUUAAGUUUACCAGAGUCAGCGACGGGAAGCAUAUCGGAGUUCUAAAUUGGUUUGCCGUACACGGCACUUCCUUGCUUGGCAAUCAAACAAUUGUCGCCGCGGACAACAAAGGUGUCGCAGCCUACCUUUUUGAACAACAGGCUCAAGCAAAUGCAGGUGCAUUGAACGCAGCACCUGGUUUCGUUGCCGGAUUCUCUCAAGCCAAUGUCGGUGACACGAGCCCCAAUGUGCUCGGUGCCUGGUGCGAAGAUGGGUCUAACCAAGAAUGUAAAUUUGAAGAUAGCACUUGUGGUGGGAAAUCUCAAGAUUGCCAUGGACGCGGGCCGUUCUUUGGUUUGAAUGAUGGCGGUGCCAAGUCUUGCUACGAGAUUGGAAAACGCCAAUCCGAUGGAGCGCUCCAGAUUUACAAUGCUAACUCCGGCCUCACAUCGAUCACAGGAGCUGUUCGCUCGUUCCACACUUUCGUUGACUUCUCCAACUUCAAUUUUACCCAUCCAAAUGGUUCCACUGUGCAUACAUGCCCAGCUGCGCUCGGCAACUCUUUUGCAGCAGGCACUACGGACGGACCUGGUGCAUUCGAUUUCGUGCAGAAUGAUCCUGGUGCACCGAGCAAUCCUUUUUGGAAUGUAGUCGGUAGCGCCAUCGCUCCGCCUUCAGCAAAGCAGAAGGCAUGUCAGUACCCGAAACCUGUACUGCUAAAUGUUGGAGAGGCAAAGACCCCUUACGACUGGUCACCUAACAUUGUAGACAUCCAAGUUCUGCGCGUUGGUCAACUGAUCAUCAUUGUAACACCUGGUGAAGCAACUACAAUGUCUGGCAGACGAUGGCGGGAGGCUGUCUACAACAAGGUAGUCUCCUCGAAGAUCGCAUCUUCGCCAAUAGUGGUCAUUGGCGGACCAGCCAACACGUACGGUCAUUAUAUCACUACUGAGGAGGAGUACGGCAUUCAGAGGUACGAAGGCGCUUCCACGCUCUACGGCCCACAUACGCUGAACGCGUACAUCAACUCAACGCUCACUUACCUGCCGUACCUUGCCGAUGAUGUGCAAGGCAGCAAUCCCGCUGGUCCUACUCCUGCCGACAAUAGGAAUCGAAGCAUUUCGCUUAUCACAGGCGUUGUUUACGAUGGUGCACCACUUGGCAAGAAGUUUGGCGACGUUCAAACGAACGCAGGACCUAGCUAUAUUGCAGGGGCCAAAAUAUCGGUGACAUUCGUGGGCGCAAAUCCACGAAACAACCUGCGUCUUGAAGGUACCUUUGUUGCCGUUGAGAAGAAGGCAGACGGAAACACCUGGACGCAGAUUCGCAACGAUAAAGACUGGGAAGUCGUGUAUGAAUGGAAGAGAGUCAAUGGCUUGACAGGAACGAGUGACGUCAAGAUCACAUGGGAUACGGGAAUUGCAAGUCCAGGAAGCGGAACGUACAGAAUCAAAUACUAUGGCGAUUCGAAAGCGGUGGGAGGGAAGAUCUCCCAGUUUGAAGGUACUAGUGGAGAGUUCACGAUUCAAUGAGUGGUGAUGCCUAAAGCACCCUGACGAUAGCGUAUAUACAUGAACUCAUUUUUUUCUUAUU